GAGAUACAAAUGUGGGGCUGUUGUCCCUUUAGGAUGUCGUCAGUCGGACUUCCAUCACAGAUGUGCCGCUGAGGAUGAUGGGAGAAAGAUGGCGCUGCCCUUGCUGAGAUGCUGCAGCUGUAAAAGGACCGUUUCGAUUCUGAUCCGGUCCUUUACAUCGAAGUCGUUUUCAGCGAGUCAGUCUAGACGACUCGUCCCCGUGUCGUCUGCGGUGUGUGAUGUCCGCCAGUACUGUUCUGAUCGGGAGAGACCCAACCAGAGGAGGACCGACGUGAUUAUUAGGCUCACCAACCCCUUAAUCUGGUUACAAACACGCCUUUACUUCUUACUCAUCCGAAUGUACUUCGACAAAGAGUUCAGUGCUGAGGAGUUCAUGAAAGGAGCCAAACAGGCUUUCUUGCACGUAUCAAAAUUGCUGUCUCAGUGUAAGUUUGAGGCUCUUGAGGGCUUAGUUGCUGAAGAUCUAAUAAGGAAACUUGAGGAAAAAUGCGCUCAGCUGCCAUUGAGCCACCAGAGGGCGCUGUUCGUCGAGUCCGACGCUGUCGCGCACACAUCAACAGAAGGCGUGGCCAUUUACUACGACGACAGCGGGAGGAAAUAUGUAAGCGUUUUAAUGCGUUUUUGGUACUGGACGACUGCCAGACUUCCUAAUGACAAUAUAACCGGAGUAAAAGUAUUCCAGUUUUCAACCGGUGGAGAGAAACCAGAGACCAAGAGAUUGGUUGCAGCCAUUUAUGAAUUCCAAAGGGAGUUUACACAAGGAGUGACUCCAGAUUGGAUCAUCACGAGAAUAGAGCACUCAAAACUUCUUUACUAAGUGUGUUCAACUUGGAUAGGAGAGAUUUUUUUGUUGGUUUGUUUUUUGUAGUUUUUAUCUAUUUAAUAUUGCUUAUCAUGCCAACAACAUGUAGGCUCAAUUCACUAACUUCACUGAAAAAAAUAAAAAAAUAUAUAUAUAUAUAUAUAUAUAUAUAUAUAUAUAUAUAUAUAUAUAUAUAUAUAUAUAUAUAUAUAUAUAUAUAUAUAUAUAUAUAUAUAUAUAUGCUAUAUUGUCAGCUACAGGUGGUUUCCGUGAGCGUUGGAAGGUUAUACAUGUUGAUUUGCUUCAGUGUGUGUUGCAUUUCCCUGAUUUCACCUUAUUGGCUUCUCAUUGGUCAGUUGUUGUUUUUUUCUUUUUAUUUUGUAUGAGUUUUGGGGUAAAGCUGACAGCACAUUACAUAAACUGUGCAACUGAACUGUAAAACUAUACAAUAAAUAAACAAGAGGCAAAAAGAGCAA